CUGCUACUGUCACAGAAAAACGCCAGAAAAAGAAUCUAACCUCAAUUGUUUAUGUCAAAAUGUGAAUUUCAAAACAAGAAUUCAAAAUCCAAGAAAUCAGAAUAGAAUAUAGGUCUUAAAUAUUAGAGAGUCUCUAUUGAGGUGUUAUUUAAUGAUAUUUACAGUGAUACAUUUGUAAGAAUGAAUUUGGUAGAGGAAAAGAAAGUAGAGAUAUCAACUAAAUUGGAGAAGGAGCAGGCUAAUUUAAAAUUGCUACAAGAAAGACUAGCUAAAAGUGCUCAAAUUACUAAAGGCAUAGGACAUAUACUGAAUACAUUUGAACAACGGCUAUCCAGGCUUGAAGAUACAAUUUUGCCUGUAUAUAAUGAUACUGAAAAUCUUGAAAAAGCGCGCAGCAAUAUUGAUCAUACAUUGCAGCUGCUAGAUAAUGUAAUAAACUAUUAUGAUGUUUCUAGUGAUGUGGAAAACAUAAUAGAAAAGGGCCCAGGUGAAGGUGGCAUAGAUUUGGAUACAUAUUUGAAUGCCCUUAACCGAUUGGCUAGUGCAAAAAAGUAUUUUGAGAAAAAUAUUCCACAGAGUGUGGAACUGAUCAAUGUUUCAUCAUUCUUCCACAAAGGCAGUGAUAAAUUGAAUGCAGAGUUCAAGACAAUUUUAGACAAGUAUAAUACACCUAUUUUGCCUGUGGUACUUUUGGACGUUAUAAGUUUUGAUGACCUUGGCCCAAAAGACUUGAAAGUAAGCCCCAAGCAAAUUCCAGAAGAAGCAAAGAUACAGCUGAUUCGUAUUGCAUCCUGGCUUCUGGACCAUGGUAGAGAUGAGUACUUGACUGUAUAUGGAAAAGUUAGAGGUGGUGUCCUGCAGAGGUCUCUCACCUUGCUUAGGAAUCAUCAAAAGUCCAUCAGUGGGGGCAGCGUCCAUGGUACUACUAGCUCUCCAAUGCUGAAGCCUAAGUUUGGAGCUCGGCAUGAAGCGACGAGAAAACCGUCCACGCGCCGACUGCAUCAGGUGUUUGAGAGAAAAGCUAACAGAAUGUUGCUGAGAGCAUCACAAACAUUUGAACACUCAACUGGUCUCACUUUAGGAGGUAGAAGGGCUUCUCAUUUAGAUACCUCUUACACUGGAGAAGAGAUUGAUAAUGAACAAGAAAUGGAGAACUAUCUCGUUUGUGUCAUCGCGUUACACAAAUUGAUGCAAAUUGAACAACAAUUGAUGAAAGACAUCAUCACCCCAGCUCAUCAACCGCGGGUGUUUGAACUGAUUGUCAGAGAAGCGAUGGAUACCAUCGUACAGGAAGGAGAGAAUAUCGUGGCGAGGGCGAAAAAGUGUAUAGCUAGACACGAUUUUGCCACAGUUCUCGUCGUAUUUCCGAUAUUGAAGCAACUAAGGUCUCUAAAACCGGACUUUGAAAGAACUGUAGAACAAUAUGAUUUGAAUGUCAAGUUGAAGUUUGACCAGAUUCUUCAAAUGCUGCAUUCAACAGGUUCAAAGGCACUGGAAGACUUUAUAGAAAGCAUUCGUUCAGAUUCUGUUACUCAGUUGCCAAGUGACGGCACCGUUCAUGAGACGACUAGCAAUGUCAUAAUGUUCUUGGAGCAGUUGCUAGACUAUAUGGAUACUAUAGGAAUAGUUCUAGAGCUGGAUCCUAAUUAUGCUAAAAAAUUUAAACCUGGAGAUUGCAAGGCUUUGCUGGGGCUAUACGUUAGUAAGUGUUUUAAAUACGUAUGAUUAUAAAUAUAAAUACACCUUGCAAUAAUGCCAUGUCUAAUCAUCAUUAUUCUGUUCCAGAAAAAGUGUUAGUUCAGCUAAAUCUUACUUUGAUCAGUAAAAGCGAACAGUAUAGUGAUUCUGCCCUUAAAGCACUGUUUCGUUUAAACAACAAUAAUUACAUUUUGAAGUCAUUGCAAAGAAGCAAUUUGAUGGAGCUUUAUCUUUUAUCUGAACCCAAUUGUGAAGAGUACUACUAUAAUUCUAUCCAGGAGAAUAAGAAGGCAUACUCCCAAAGUUGGAAUAAAUUGCUAAAUUACAUAAGCAGUGAUGAUCCAGCAUUGCAUUUUCACAGUGAUCGAUUGAAAGACAAAGAAAGGGCUGUUCUAAAAGAAAAAUUUGCUGGUUUUAAUAAGGAAAUAGAAGAAAUUUCGAAAGUGCAGAGAGGGUAUUCUAUCCCAGAUAUAGAGUUGAGAGAGAGCAUCAAGAGGGAUAACAAGGAGCUUAUAAUACCAAAGUAUAAUGCGUUUUACAACAGGUACGCGUCGAUGCAGUUCACGAAAAAUCCAGAGAAGUACAUAAAGCACAAACCAGACGAAGUGUCGGCGGUCAUUGAUCGAUUUUUCGAUGUUGCUGCUUAAAUAUUAUUAUAGUGGUGGUCUUGUAAGAUGUUAUAAUUUAUUAUCAAAUGAUAAACAUAAGUACUAAAAAGCUUUAUUGUAUGGUAUUACCAAAAUACAAUCGCAUAAUAUAUAUUG